AAGUAUUCUUUGUUGAUACUUUCGUAAGACAGGAAAAAUGUCUUAUCAUGAAAUCUUGUCUGUAUUAAAUAAGUAUUCUUUGUUGAUACUUUCAUAUGAAAGGAAAAAAAUCUUUUCCACAAAACGAACUCCAUCUCAAUAAAUACACUAAGAUUGUGCUAAAUAAAAACUUAUUUCGCUACGAAAAAAUUUUACUUACAAUGGGACUUGGUUCAGAUGAGGCAUGGCUUUAUAUGCCUUGCCCUGUGACUUCAACAGGAUGUGCGUCAAAUUAUCGAAGUGCUAGUAACUGGUAUCAUAGAUACUGUGAAGGAAUGUUAAAAAUUGAUACUUCCUUAGAUAUUUUAUGUGACGAUUGCGGUACUGCAAAAGACUGGAAAGAUUGGCGUUUUAAGUGCGGCAAUGAAAACCACAAAUUUUAUGAAUAUGCCACUGAUGAAUUAGACUUUAUUCACGCUUUGGGUACCGCUAUGAGCCUUAAAGCUCAUAGUCCAGAAAAAAGACGAGUAGUAAUGAAGAUUAUUAACAAAAUAUCAGGUUCACUGUGCUAAGAAGAGAACGUAAGUUAAAUUUACCUUUAUACGCUGGUAUAAAAAAAAUCUAUUAUUUUAACUUUUUUUAUCUAAUUUAAGACGGACAAAAAUUUACUAGUUUUGACUUCAUUAAUUUUUUUCUUUUAAAUAAAUUACAAAUCGUAGUUGAAACACACGGUCUCGUAGUU